AUGGCGACUCCGCGAGUUCUUCGUUUCGACGCUGACGGUAGACCCCUUGACUUUUCCGUCUGGCUUCUUCGCGCUCGUCGUCUGUUAGAGAGUCAGGUCCAGGGGGGCGAGACCCUCUGGUCACACGCUACUGGUGACCUCCCCGAGCCCCCCGAGCCUACCGCUUUAGGCCCUGCUCCUGACGACGCUGCUACGGCUCGCUUUGCCCGUCAGCGCGCUGACCGGACGGCUUGGACGUCGCGUGACGCUGCGGCCUGCAUCGCACUCAGCAGCCUCCUCCCUGAGUCCGAGGAGGUCCAGUUUACUCAGGUUCGCACCGCUGCUGCGUACCUCACUGCGAUUAAGGCCCGCUACUCUACUCCCGCUACUGUCUCUCUCGGCCGUCUUUUCCUCCCGUUCCUGUUUCCUGAUCUUGCCUCGUUUGAGCGCUCUGCUGACUUGAUCGCUCACCUCCGCUCGCUCGACGCUAGUUACCGCGCUGCUUGCACUGAGGCACAGCUUGCACUGCUUCCUCCCCCCAUGGCGAUUACUGUCUAUUUCAUCGCCACUAGCCUCCCUGACCGCCUUGCCUCCGUCCGUGACGCGCUUCUGCUGAAGCACCCUAGUGAGCUGACUAUCGAGGUCCUUGAGUCUGCACUCAAGGACGUCGAGAGCAACCUUCGUUCGGUAGCUGCCGCCUCUGGUACUGUGUCCCCCCCACUCUUCCACGGGUGCACAGUCCCGCAGUUACCCACCUUCACUGCCUCUCUUGCCACUGCCGCUACUGACGCGACUGCGGCUGCUGUUACGACUGCGUCGCGGUCCCGCGGCAGGGGGGGCAAGAAAGGUGGUUCCGGUGGAGGUGGAGGCGGAGGUAGCGGAGGUAGUGGGGGUGCUGUUGCGACUGGCGGUGGUGGGAGUGCAGCGUCUGGAGAGACCCCUCGUGCAGCGGCUGGUGACUCCACUGCACCUGCUGGUGGCGGCGACCCUCGAGCUCGUCAGUCGCCUCCUGUACUGCCGGCCCCGCUAGGUGGAGCAGCGGCGUGGUACCAGGCUCAGCGUCAGCAGCACCUUCAGCAGCAGCAGCAGCCCCUUUCCUCCCAGCAGCCUCAGCAGCAGCAGCGUCAGCAGCUGGCUCCGGGGUCGGGGCUGCGUCAGCCCCAGCGCGGUGCUGCUUACCCUCCCUGCCCCUACCAGGUUCAGACAGGUCCUCGUCGGGGCCACCCUUGUGGCCGCUUUCACCCCCCUGGUCAGUGCUUUGCUCAGCUCACUGACACGGUCCGGUUGACCUACGGGGUUGGCGGUCCUGCUCCUGACUGGCUUCCUCUGGUUCAGCGCUACGGCUCCGCUCUGUGGGGCAUGUCUGCUGAGCAGUUAGUUGAUCUGAUUAGUGCUCCUCAUGCUAUCACGUGGGUGUGUGGUUUGAGCCUUCUGGAGAGACUGCGGUGUGUGUUGACGGAGACUCUUACCAGCCUCUUGCUACCUUUACUGCUGAGCCGGGCUCGGGUCUCUACACUCUUCACACUGGCCCGCGUGCGCCGCAGCAAGCAGCCGCAGCAGCAGCAGCAGCCGCAGCAGCAGCAGCAGCAGCAGCACCAGCAGCAGCACCAGCGGCCGCACCAGCAGCCCCCCCUACUGCCACUGCCCCCGGUUCCCCCCCCCGUUCGGGUCCCCGCGUCUCACCAGGUUGCUACGUCCCCCCAGGUGUCUGUGUCGUGUCAGGUUCCUACGUCUGUUCCGGUCGCUGCGUCGUGCUCCUGCCGGUCGCUUGCCCACCCCACCGUUCUGUGGCACCACCGGAUGGGGCACCCGUCCCUUCCACGUCUACGCGCUAUGUCUAGUCAGCGUCUUGUCCUAGGCCUCCCACGUGUCUUGCCGUCGCUGCCGCCUUCGCCUGCGCCGCCGUGUCGUCCCUACGUCGAGGGUAGGCUGCGCGCCACCCCUCACUCCUCCUCCCUUCGUCCGGCCACCGAGCCUUUUGAGACGCUUCACUUGGACGUCUGGGGCCCAGCCCCUCGUCUAGGCCCUGAGCGUGAGCGUUACUUUCUGGUGGUAGUUGACGACUUCUCCCGCUACACCACAGUGUUCCCUUUGGCGAAGAAGUCUGAGGUGACUUCUACGCUGAUCAGGUGGUUGCUCACCACUGAGGACACUCGUGGUCGUCGUGUCAGUUGUCUCCACUCCGACCAUGGGGGUGAGUUUUGCUCCGGCAUUCUCGCUGGAUUCUGUCGCGAGCAGGGCAUUCGUCAGUCCUGGACGCUUCCAGAGUCCCCACAGCAUAAUGGGGUUGCUGAGCGCCGCAUAGGCCUGGUCAUGGAGAUCGCCCGCACCUCCCUGACUCACGCCUGUGCCCCCCAUUUUCUGUGGCCCUACGCGGUCAGGUACGCCGCGCACCAGCUGAACCUCUGGCCACGUGUCUCUCGACCAGAGGUUUCACCGACCAGUCUUUGGACAGGGUCCCCUGGUGUUGCGUCGCGGUUUCGUGUCUGGGGGUGCUUGGCUCUUGUCCGCGACACCUCCGCGGACAAGCUCUUGCCUCGUGGCGUCCCCUAUGUCUUCCUUGGUUUCCCUGAGGACUCCUCUGACUUCACCUUUUACCACCCUCCCUCUCACCGGUUCUUUGACUCCCGUGACGUCCGUUUCGAGGAGUCCACUCCGUACUACGUCAGGUACCCCAGUCGAGGUCUCCUGGUUCCUCCUCCCCCCCUCUUCCUGACUGCCGUUCCCCUUCCUGCUCCCCCGGUACAGCCUCCCCCCCCUGGUCCAGCCCCGUCAGGUGUGUCCCAGGCUACCCCUCCUCCUUCGGUAGCCCCUCUGGUACAGCCUCCCUCCCCACAGUCCUCCUCGCAGCGUGCCGCUGGUGCUAGCUCUCGAGAGGUUGGUGCGGCGCCUGUUCCUGUACCGGUUUCUGGUUCUGGGGGUGCUGGAGUUGGAGUUGGCCCUGGAGUUUCUGGUUCUGGGGGUGCUGGAGUUGGAGCUGGGGUUGGAGCUGGAGUUUCUGGUUCUGGAGUUGGAGCUGACCCGGUGGGUGCAGAGGACUCUUGUCGUCCGGGAGCUGGUGCUGGCCGCGCGGACACUGGGGGUACUGCGUCUGGGGGUGAGGGUGCGCCUCCUUCGGGUUCAGCUGGAGUUGGAGAGAGAGAGGAGGGAGUUACAGCGGCUGGAGGAGCAGCAGCAGCAGCUGGAGCCGCAAGAGCAGCAGCAGCAGCAGCAGCAGCUGGACCCGCAGGAGUAGCAGUCCCAGCAGCAGCCGCGUCCGCAGCAGCAGCAGUCGCAGCCGCAGCAGCAGCAGCCACUUCCUCCUCCUGUCUCGGUUCUCCGCCUUUGUCCUCUCCUCCUCCGUCUCGUUCUUGGUCUACUCGUCGCUCCCCUCGUGCUCGUCCCUCGUCUCCUGUUCCCUUCACUGAACUUCGUACUGCCUUCCUUCUUUCUAGUCCACCUCGUCCGUCUCAGUCUGUGCUUCCGUCUCCUCCUGAGUCGGCCCUCACUGUGUCGCUCCCUACUCCUGUCACUGACUACUACCGCACGUACCGUCCUGUUCUCUCUCGUGUUCUCGCCUCUCUUGUUACUCACCCUCGUGCCUCUGUGUCCUCUGUGUCCGCUCUUACUGCCGCAGUUACUGACUUUGCCUCUACCCGCCGCCUUGACUACGCCACCACGCUUGUGGCUGCUCCUCCUACCAGUCCUCUGGCCGUCGGGGGUGUGUCUGCCCUUGGCUGUGACGCCCUAGAGGACAGGCAGUUUGAGCUAGAGUUCCUGGCGGCCGCUUCCCCUCAUCUCUGUGCCAUGCUCCUCGCCCCUGAGGGUGACCCCGACGCCCUUCACAUUCCGACUCCUCGCACUUACGCUGAGGCAGUAUCCACAGGCACCUACGUCGAUGAGGUUCCCCCCCCUGGGGCGAACGUAGUCGACGGCAUGUGGAUCUACAGGGUGAAGCGGCCACCGGGAUCUCCCCCGGUCUUCAAGGCGCGCUACGUGGCUAGAGGUUUCAGUCAGCGCGAGGGAGUUGACUUCUUUCAGACCUUCGCACCUACCCCGAAGAUGACCACUCUUCGGGUGUUACUACACGUAGCAGCACAGAGAGACUACGAGUUACACUCUCUCGACUUCUCCACUGCUUUCCUUCAGGGCAGCCUACACGAGGAGGUCUGGUUACGUCGUCCCUCGGCCUUCACUGGCACUUUCCCUCCUGGGACCCAGUGGAGGCUGAGGCGACCUGUUUACGGUCUUCGCCAGGCCCCUCGUGAGUGGCACGACACUCUGCGUUCUACCCUCUCUGACCUUGGGUUCCAGCCGUCUUCUGCCGACCCGUCGCUGUUCGUUCGUCGUGGCUCCACACCGUUCUUUGUCCUGGUCUACGUCGACGACCUCGUUUUCGCCACUCCGGACAGGGUUGCUUUGGCAGACGUGAAGUCCGAACUGCAGAAGAGACACACGUGCACUGAUCUUGGUGAGCUGCGCCACUACCUUGGCCUGCAGAUCACCAGGGACAGAGCCGCUCGCACCAUUACACUCUCACAGUCACACAUGGUGCAGCAGGUCCUUCAGCGGUUCGGGCUUCAGCACUCCACCGUACAGCGCACACCUCUAGCUGUUGACCACAGACUCACUGGUCCCUUUCCUGACGAGCCGUUUGAGCCUAGUGGUCCCUACGCAGAGCUUGUGGGUUGCCUCAUGUACCUGAUGACUUGUACUCGCCCGGACCUCGCCUUCCCUCUCAGCAUCCUUGCGCGCUUUGUUGCGCCAGGGAGACACCGUCCUGUUCACUGGACGGCAGCUGUGAGGGUGGCGAAGUACCUAGCGACUACAUCAGGCGUGGGGCUAGUUCUUGGAGGGCAGCAGUCUGUCGUACUCACUGGUCACUGUGACUCCUCCUACGCUGACGACGCUGAGACUCAGAGGUCUACUCAGGGGUACUGUUUCAGUCUGGGUUCUGGAGCUGUUUCCUGGCGUUCCACGCGCUCCUCUUCUGUCUCGACCUCUACAGCUGAGGCUGAGAUUUACGCUGGUGCCAUGGCGGCACAGGAGUUGCGGUGGUUGACCUUCUUGCUCGCCGACCUUGGUGAGCGGCCGAGCUCUGCACCGACCUUGUUUACUGACAACAAGGCGUCGAUCCUCCUCUGUCGUGAGCCGCGACUGGAGAGCAGAGUGAAGCACAUUCACGUCAGGUACUUUCUUCUGCGAGAGUUGCAGAGGCGUGGACAGGCUCGCUUCGAGUUUGUAGAGUCCGAGGCCAACACUGCAGACAUCUUCACCAAGGCGCUUCCGCUUUGUGACCACCAGAGGUGUUGUGUGCAGUUAGGCCUUGUUGACACAGGUUCUAGUCAUGCGUAG